CACGUGCUCAUUUUCCGUCGAGGGAUAUCCCAAAAUCGACUAAUCAGAGGUUUUUCUUAAAUAUCCACGUUAUGACGUCAUCUGUCAAAAAACUAACAUUGGAAUAUUUUGCAUGAAGAAAUUGAUAAAUUUUGCCGGACGCCAUUUCGCAAGUAAAUGAAUGUCAAGGUGGGAAUUCCACAGGUGUCAACUAGAUAAGACCAGACUAUCACCAAUCUUGAACACGAUUAUUGGUUCUGACGGAACUUUCCGUCCACUGAUAUCUACUUUAUGCAGUAUAUCAAAUAGUUGUACAGAAUUGAAUUUCAAACAACACUUAUUAUUCAAAGUUUUCAAGAAGAGCACAAGGUCAGUUUGAUGUACACAAGUCACCUUUACCUACAGUAACACUGGCUUAAUAUAAUCAGUGGUGUCUGUGCCACAACAAAAGACAUUUUAUUAUUUUAAAAACAAUUUAAGAUGUUUCGUUUAAAGACUCUAUGGGUAGUGGGCACUCGUCCCCACUUAUGGGAAGGUUAUAAAUAUGCUGCCUGCCGAAGUUGUUCAUCUAAAGCUGGAUCACAGUCUGGCAGGAAUUACACCACACAGGCAGCAGCCGAACCCUUUCUCAGUGGUACCUCUUCCAUUUAUGUGGAAGAAAUGUACAAAUCCUGGGAGAAAGACCCAAACACAGUACACAAGUCCUGGGACAUAUAUUUUCGACAAGUGUCUCAAGGUGCUGCUCCAGGUACAGCGUAUGUGAGGCCUCCAUCCCUGGCAGCCACCUCAAUGUCUGCCCCUUCCAUGACACAACCUGCAAUGACAUCCACACAGCUGACAAGAAAAGAACCUAUCACAGAUAAGAUCAUUGAGGAUCACUUAUCUGUGCAAACCAUCAUAAGAUCCUACCAGCUGCGCGGACACCACUCGGCAGAUUUAGAUCCAAUUGGAAUAAAUGUACCGUCCAUGGAUGGGCUGCUUGGAAAAAGUGUGCAGAAGUUUGGGCACUGUCAUUUAACAGAGGAAGAGGACCUCCAGCGCGUGUUCCAGUUACCAGACACGACCUAUAUUGGUGGAGAUAGCCACUCCCUGCCCCUUGGGGAAAUCAUCACACGUCUCAAGAAUAUAUACUGUAACCACAUUGGUGUAGAGUUUAUGUUCAUCAACAAUCGUGAGCAGACAGACUGGAUCAAGCGCAAGUUUGAAACGCCUGGUGUAAUGAAAUUUGACAAGGAGGAGAAACGUCUCAUUCUUGCAAGGCUUAUCAGAUCUCAAAGAUUUGAAGAGUUCUUGGCGCGCAAAUGGUCGUCCGAGAAGCGCUUUGGUCUGGAAGGGGGAGAGGUGAUGAUCCCUUCCAUGAAGUGUAUUAUAGACAGCUCCAGUACCCUGGGUGUUGAGAGCUUCAUCAUCGGCAUGCCCCACAGAGGAAGGCUCAAUGUGCUGGCAAAUGUGUGUCGAAAACCUCUGGAAAAAAUCUUCUGCCAGUUUGACUCCAAGUUGGAGGCAGCUGACGAGGGCUCCGGUGAUGUCAAGUACCACCUGGGUAUGUCUGUGGAGCGUCUGAACCGUGUCACAAACAAGCAGAUCAAGAUUGCAGUGGUGGCGAACCCCUCCCACUUAGAAGCAGUGGACCCUGUCGUGCAGGGGAAAUGCCGGGCUGAGCAGUUCUACCGGGGAGACACAGAGGGAAAGAAGGUGAUGAGUUUGUUGUUACACGGAGAUGCUGCUUUUAGUGGUCAGGGUGUUGUGUAUGAAACAUUCCACUUAAGUGACCUGCCUGCCUACACCACACACGGCACAGUCCAUAUUGUCGUCAACAACCAGAUUGGAUUCACUACCGAUCCUCGCUCUUCCCGAUCCUCCCCGUACUGUACAGAUGUGGCUCGUGUGGUGAAUGCCCCAAUAUUCCAUGUGAACGCAGAUGACCCAGAGGCGGUAAUGUACGUUUCCAAGGUCGCAGCUGAAUGGAGGGCAACCUGGGGCAAAGACGUGGUUAUUGAUCUGGUAUCCUACAGAAGAAAUGGUCACAAUGAGAUCGAUGAGCCAAUGUUUACACAACCCCUGAUGUACAAGCAGAUCGCUAAAACCCCAACAGUCCUGGCACAGUAUGCUGAGAAACUCAUGAAUGAGGGCAUAGUCACGCAACAGGAGUAUGAGGAAGAGGUCAGCAAGUAUGACCAGAUCUGUGAAGAGGCAUUUAAUCUUGCGAAGAAGGAAAAGGCUGUCUCCAACGCAGAGUGGCUGGACUCCCCGUGGGAUGGCUUCUUUGACUCCCGACAGGCCAUGGAGCUGCCCAAGACUGGGAUCAAGGAAGAGGUGCUUAGACACAUCAGCGAAGUCUUCAGUACACCCCCACCUGGUGAUUUCGUUAUUCAUGGUGGCCUGAAGCGUAUCCUGAAGGGUCGUAUGCAGAUGGUUAAUGAAAGGGUGGCAGACUGGGCGUUGGCUGAGGCCCUUGCCUUUGGUUCACUGCUCAAGGAGGGAGUCCAUGUCAGGCUCAGUGGACAGGAUGUCGAGAGAGGAACAUUCAGCCACCGUCACCAUGUGUUGCAUCACCAGCAACAGGAUGGCGUAACGCACAACUGUCUGAAUCACCUGUACAAAGGUCAGGCCCCUUACACCGUGGAGAACAGCUCACUCUCUGAGUACGGAGUUUUAGGUUUUGAGCUAGGUUAUUCCCUGACAAACCCAAAUGCCUUAGUGUUAUGGGAGGCUCAGUUUGGAGACUUUGCAAAUACGACCCAGUGUAUCAUUGACCAGUUCAUCUCCAGCGGCCAGGCCAAGUGGGUUCGUCAAAACGGCAUUGUUCUUCUUCUCCCUCAUGGCUAUGAGGGAAUGGGUCCGGAGCAUUCCAGUGCGCGAUUGGAAAGGUUCCUGCAAAUGAGCAAUGAUGAUGCUGACCAUUUCCCGUUUUACGCUGCUCUCUCUGGCAGUUAUAACGAGAAAGAGAGUGAUGACUUUGAGAUCCAGCAGCUUCAUGAGAUCAACUGGUUUGUAUGCAACCUGACCACACCGGCAAACAUCUUCCACGCUCUGCGACGCCAGAUUGCACUCCCUUUUAGGAAACCGUUGGUGAUUAUGACCCCAAAGAGCUUGUUGCGCCACCCCCUGGCUCGCUCCAGUUUUGACGAGAUGGUGGAAGGGACCGCGUUUAAGAGAAUGAUUCCUGAGGACGGCGUGUGCACCAACGACCCCAACAAUGUGAAGAAGCUGAUCUUCACCACUGGAAAGGUCUACUAUGAUCUUAUCAAGGAACGGGAGAAGAUAGACCGUGAUGGGACUAUUGCCAUCAGCAGGAUCGAACAGAUUUCUCCUUUCCCGUUUGACCUGGUGAAGGAGGAGAUGCUCAAAUACCCAAAUGCAAAGGUGGCAUGGGUGCAGGAGGAACACAAGAACAUGGGGGCUUGGACAUAUGUCGAGCCCCGAGUGCGCACAGUCUUCAAAAAGAUUUCAGAAACAAACAAUGAGUAUGAGAACUGGCUCCAUAAGAAAUGCGAGUACAUUGGGCGUAACCCGGAGGCGUCAGCUGCAGCCGGAAACAAGCAGAGACAUCAGUUUGAGUUCUCCCAGUUUAUGAGUCAUGCCAUGAAAGAGAUCUAAGCCUCUCCACCACAGAUAUUUCUAUGUUUAUAUGGAUAUGAAUUGACUUUCGCUUGUAUUGCCACAUCAGCCACCUGUUUUGGUAUAAGUGUUCUGGGAAAAAUAAAUGUAAGGAUAUAACUGUAAGGAUUUAUUAACAGGAUUUUAAAAUCUGUUCGUGAUGUCAAAGAAUUUGUAAACUCUUGUAUUUUCGUUUAAUUUUUGUACAAAAGACUUUUCUUGCUUUAUUUGUCAAUGGAAUCAUCUUCAGCUGUCUCGGAGCCAAAAGUAUUUUACAAAUGUUUAAUUCAUCUAGGUCUAUGAGGUGAUUAAUCAAGGCGAGGUUAGUUUUGGGUGGUGGAAGGGUGGGAAGUGAAAAUGGCCUUGAAAAGCAAAUAUUGGUGUCUUAUUGAUUCUAGUGGACUCUCUGUGCAUUAUUGGUGUGUUAUCAUGAGUGGUCAUGAGUGAGCUUCCAUUGAAUAUUGUAAGCAGUAUUUCAUCGUAUUUAUUACAUCACCUAGCUUGCAUUUCUGUAAAAUCUUAUAUAUUUUGUAGUGAAAGCAUUGAAUAGCGUCAUAAUGAGGAUAGAUCUGACAUAAUGAUUAACUCCUUCAAUAUCAGCUUUACCUCUCAUAAUUGAAAGAUUUGUGUUGAUUGGAUGACACGGUUUAGUAAAACAUACUACUGAACAUAGUUCAUGUUGUCAAUGAAAAUAGUUGAAUUUUUCACCUUGUAAAGUACUACUACUGUUAGUUAUUGCCACCGUCACACAGUGCCAAUGAAGGAAACCAAGAAUGAAGAAUUGUGCACUUACAUUGUUGAAAAAAUACCAGGUAGUUGAAAUAUAGAGUACAGAUAUUUUUGUAACUGGCAAUAUUUUUGUUACUCCACAACCACGAUUAUUGUACACAUUUUGAUUGUAGAUUUUGGUUCUUGUUGACCUUUAUUCUUGUUAAUACUUCCUGUGUGAACUUCUAUUAUUCGUCAAAAUAAAGUAUUGACAUUG